AUGCCCGUCGUCAACCGUAACAGCGAUGUCGCCAGUGUGGCGGACGCACAGCAGCUCGACUCGUCCUACUCGGACGACACGACGCUGUGCUACAACCCGUCUACAAAGGUCCCUCGUUACAUUGGCUUCCACUCGUCGGACGGCUUUGACAUGAUCUACCGCACGGGCUGGACCCUCACGCACCCAAAGAUUGCGCGGGCGGCCCUCGCCGACGCCGGGUUCACCCUCGGCCUCGCCAACGACCGCGCCUGCGGGUUCCUCUACCAGCAGGACGUCGGCGCGGGCUUCUACUACUCUGGCAACCUGUACGGCCGCCUCAGCAUCCCCGGCGACAACGCCACGGCCCCGGCGUGGAACAUGACGGCGUUCAACGAGGCCACCGCCGCCAUCCGCCAGCACCCGGCGGUCCUGGAGAUCACGCUCUGCUUCAUCCCGCUCAUGGUGAUUGUGCUCGGCGUCUUUGGGUGCUACCUUGGGCCGUGCAUCUCCGAGUACAGGCGCAUCCGCCAGGUGGACAAGCGUGCGGCCCGCGAGCGCAAGCGCGCCGCCCAGGAGGCGGCUGCUCGUGCGGCCGCGGCCUCGACUUACACGACCUCCAGCUCGUCCGAUAUUUCAGAGAAGAGCCUUUCCAAGUUCUGA